UUCGCAAACCCCACCACAUGAACAACGGCACAUCAGGAUAUGGCUCUAGCAGACUCGGAGGCAUCGCUUUUGGAGGAAGGGGUCAUCUUCCUAGAAGACCCAGGAGUCGGAACUAGAGUCUACGAAUUCAACCAGAAGCGGUUCCCUUUUCAGACAGAAGAGGGUCUCGAUUUUUGUCGAAUGAGUACCCUUGAGGACAAGCGUAUUCGAGACAUAGUAGAAUCGGUUUUUGAGCGCUCAAAGUUGGGCUUACUGAAAGUCUUUGGCGCAAGACAGGAUAUCGUCUUCACUUUCUUAAGCAACCCUUCGAACGAGUCGAGUGAAGCAAUCGACGAGAUGAACAAGGGAAAAGAUAAAGUGAAGGCCCUUAUUGUCCAACUACUUCCCAGAAACUCCACUAUGGUUUUCUAUAAGCGCUCGCAUUUGCAUUUUUUAAGGCCUGAGCUUGCGAAGAUCGGGUUGUUACAGGUCCCGCUAGAGAGCCUAGAAAGAGAGGACAUAAAGCCGUGUGAGGUCACAAUGAAAGAUGGUGGGUUCGCCAUUAUUGAUGGCAGAACUGCGUUCAAAAUCGUUCAUGGAUAUACUAUUGUGAUUGGAUUUGCGGUAGAGGAAGAGCUCAAGUUUUGGGGAAAGAUGGGCUUCCCGAAAAAGACAGGGGUAAUGGAGAAGAUCAAGGGUAUGGAGAGCGAAAAGAUUGGCAUGAACGUUGAAUUCGUCGAAAAGAGAUCUAUGGAAGGUAGUAUUGCGAGCAGUACGCAACCUCACUAGCGAAUCAGCAUGAUCCUAUCAAAUCCGUAUCACAAUCUUUCAUAGGAGUCCGAUUCAAACACCCCUCAUUGACGGCAACAACCUCCGCGAAAGGGACCGUGCUAUUGAACAGAAAAGGAAUUUGUUCACUCGCGUUCGUCGCAUACUGAUCUCCAGUCUCACCGUCAUCGUUCCAGUCUACUGGGUAAUCAGCUAAUAGAGUUGCUCGAGGAUACCAUCGCUGAACGUUUGGCGCAAAGUUGUUCGGCAACUGGCUGUUUCUGAAGGGAGAUGGGUCUUUAUAUCCAUUCCAUGGAUUGAUCUC